UUCCGUAACACAAGGUAUUGCGCGCCGUUUCCAUCAAUUUCAUGAUAAUCGUUUACACUCCGUCUUCACUGAGUCCGCUCACUUCAACCGUGCAUUGUUAUUUCCAAAUCGUCUUCUCUUCUAAGUGUGAAUUGCUCACUUCCAUCAUCUAGCAGACUACAUCAAAAUGACUGAGCACGCCGCGCCAUCCGCCUGUCGCGACGACGGGAGCGGUCCCCUGGCACUCAUGGCCUUCUGCAACUUCCAGGCGCCUCUAAGGGACGAGCAUGCUGCCAUUGGGGCACAGGAGCUGGAGGAUGUUUACGAGAUUUUCUGCGGCAAAGGCGACUCGGAGGGAUUGAACCACAAGCGCUGCGAGAAACUUACCUACGCAAGCAUUGGUUUCUCGCUUGUGGCUUGCAAGCGCUUCGUACUCGAGGUGCCCCGGUCAAGGAGGGAAGAUCUUGUGCCCGCCGUUCGUGCUGAGCUCGAAGGGAUCGAGAAUGACAACCAACAUUGCCCCUCUCGGAGAUCAUGGCUGGAGAUGAGCCUCUACAUGGCCCGGCUCGUCUUGGAGGAGAUUCUCAACCGCUUGAAGAGAUAUCUCAUCGAGGCAAAAGCAGGCGGCUCUCUUGAGGAUUGUGUGAACGUCGACUAG